AUGGUCACCACCAGUGUCGAGCUCUCUUCAAAAGUUUUUGUCGCUCUCUUCCUUGUUUGUUUUGACUUUCUUUUGUUCCUCCCCCUUGUCGUUCAUUCAUUCGUUUGUCUCUCUCUCCUUCACAUGUUCGUUCGUUCAUUCAUUCGUUUGUCUCUCUCUCCUUCACAUGUUCGUUCGUUCAUUCAUUCAUUCGUUUGUCUCUCUCUCCUUCACAUGUUCGUUCGUUCAUUCAUUCGUUUGUCUCUCUCUCUCCUUCACAUGUUCGUUCGUUCAUUCAUUCGUUUGUCUCUCUCUCCUUCACAUGUUCGUUCGUUCAUUUAUUCGUUUGUCUCUCUCUCUCCUUCACAUGUUCGUUCGUUCAUUUAUUCUUUGUCUCUCUCUCCCCUUUCAUGUUCGUUCGUUCAUUCAUUCGUUUGUCUCUCUCUCCCUUCACAUGUUCGUUCGUUCAUUCAUUCGUUUGUCAUGUUCAUUCAUUCGUUUGUCUCUCUCUCCUUCACAUCGUUCGUUCAUUCAUUCGUUUGUCUCUCUCUCCCUUCACAUUUCGUUCGUUCGUUCAUUCAUUCGUUUGUCUCUCUCUCUCCUUCCAUGUUCGUUCGUUCAUUCAUUCGUUUGUCUCUCUCUCUCCUUCAAUGUUGUUCGUUCGUUCAUUCAUUCGUUUGUCUCUCUCUCCUUCACAUGUUCGUUCGUUCGUUCAUUCAUUCGUUUGUCUCUCUCUCCUUCACAAUUCAUUCGUUUGUCUCUCUCUCUCCUUCAAUGUUCGUUCAUUCAUUCGUUUGUCUCUCUCUCUCUUCAAUGUUCGUUCGUUCGUUCAUUCAUUCUUUGUCUCUCUCUCUCCUUCACAUGUUCGUUCGUUCGUUCAUUUUCAUUUCGUUCGUUCGUUCAUUCAUUCGUUUGUCUCUCUCUCCCUUCAAAUUCAUUCGUUUGUCUCUCUCUCUCCUUCACAUGUUCGUUCGUUCGUUCAUUCAUUCGUUUGUCUCUCUCUCUCCUUCACAUGUUCGUUCGUUCAUUCAUUCGUUUGUCUCUCUCUCUCCUUCACAUGUUCGUUCGUUCGUUCAUUCAUUCGUUUGUCUCUCUCUCCUUCACAUGUUCGUUCGUUCAUUCAUUCGUUUGUCUCUCUCUCCUUCAUAUGUUCGUUCGUUCGUUCAUUCAUUCGUUCAUUCGUUCGUUCAUUCAUUCGUUUGUCUCUCUCUCUCCUUCACAUGUUCGUUCGUUCGUUCAUUCGUUUGUCUCUCUCUCUCCUUCACAUGUUCGUUCGUUCGUUCGUUCAUUCAUUCGUUUGUCUCUCUCUCUCCUUCACAUGUUCGUUCGUUCGUUCGUUCAUUCAUUCGUUUGUCUCUCUCUCUCACCCCCUCUCGUUUGUUCGUUUAUCUCUUUUUUUCCCAAGAAUCCCUUAAGAAACUACAUUCAGCCCCACUGAGCGCCAGAGUUGUCAAGUCUUUCGCGUCCAGAUUCGCUGCCAACAACGGCAAUUUGCCAGCAAGCAAAGAUGUCCAAGAUAAAAACAUCCAACUUGAAGAAGCAUUAUCCCGAAAUAGAUAUCUAUCUAUCUAUCUAUCUAUCUAUCAUGUCCGUCUGUGUUUCUAUUUGUUUCCCUCUAAGUAUCUGUCAUAUCAAGUGUGA